AUGUCACAAUUCCCGAGCCUUUUAAGGAAUUCGCGUGUUGUGGGCCUUUAUAAAUCUGCUUCUGAUAAAGGUUCUGCUGCUGCUGCGGACCUGAUAAAGAACAAAUGGUACCCAGUAGAUCAGGUAGUAGGCACCACUGCUGCUUCAUUCCAUAAACGUAACUGGGGUUUGAAAAGUCCUAUUCCUCGCAAACACAAGUCAUUGUAUCUUAAUGUAUCUGCUCUGGAUAGUGAAGUUGGCCUGGCCCAGUUUGAUGGAAACACAGGAUUUCAUCGCAAACUGCAGAGAUUUAGAGAGAUGCAAGUGCCAUUAGAAUUGGCCAAGCUUACUGAUGCCGAUAGCCAUUUUAAGGCCAAUUCCAAGAAACUAAAGAGCAUUGAGUCAUUGACUAAGAAAGAAGUUCGUGACAUGAACUUGUCCAGUGUCGACAAGCGUUUAGCAUUCAGAGAAUACCUAGCUAAGACUAAAAAGAUCUCACCAGAUGGCUUCCGUACAUCCAGUGCGGAUUCUAGAGAGACGGUGGCUUCAUUUUUGGGACUAGAUCCUGGAUCCACAGUUCCUUUUGCACACAACUAUCGUCAUAAAAUGGCCCUUGGUCUUAGUUAUAAGCUCAAGGGUUCGCUCAUUAAUACACCUGAGGGCAUCCGAACGACAAAGCCCGUUCCUGGUCGUGUUUUGGACAAAACCUACAGCGGUGUUGUCGGUAUUGGUGGAUUCGUCUCCAACAGUACAUUGGCUCCAGGUAUGGUUGAUCGAACCAAAGCUCACAAUUUCAUCAUCAACAAGGCCAGCAUGGACGACCGUGGUCACGUUUCUUUCUCGGUUAUUGCUGUUGAUGCUAUCCGCCCUGCCUCGAGAACUAAGCUUGCCAAUGUUGAGUCUGUUUUGCGAGAUCAGCCUAUCUCCAGAAGAUCGCCAAAGUUGUUUAGCGAGUAG